CAAGUGGCAGCGUAGACGGGUGGAUAUCAGUUUCAGCAUGUUAGGUAGUUUUUACUUAUUUUGCCAUGACACAUUGUUAGUGCCAUUUUAGGCUUUAGUGAAUAAACAGUUACAGCCCUGCCCCAUCGUAGCUUAGUGUGCGUGUGGCAACGACAGCCAAGGGCAUCUUUAUUAUCGAAGGCUGCGAUAAGAGGAGCGGCGGUGGCUAUGUUAAGCCACUUCUGACGGAACCCGUAACAACGGCGUGAGGUGUAGAACAUAGCUCAUCCUCCUUCUUCAAGCUAUCGCAGGAAACAUCGUUUGAAGAAAAACAAGCGCUUUUCGGCUUUCCAGUCCCGCUGUUCUGUGUUUUCGUCCACCUCUCGCAGGACCGGUUUCGUCAGGGUGCACUGGCCUGAUCUUUUCUCAUUGCCUCUAUUUCGGCGGACAGGAGCUUCGCCUUGGUCCGCAAACAAGUUCCACCUUCCUUCCGCAAAGCUAAGUCUAGGCCGCGCGGGCGGGGUCAGCCGCAUCGCUCUUAGCGGUCAGACCAUGCGGGUUAGCAUCAACGACCCCUGCGGCACUCCUGAAAGCGACGCACACCAAAACGCCGAAGCCAACUGUUUCACCCGUUCUACCUAUUUUAAGCGACGCGUAAUGACAAAACCGGAUAUACUACUGGGAAGGUAUUGUGCAAACGUUGAGUGGCAGUUUUGUGGGGUCACGGUGUGUACAACGAACAUGUUGGAGUAAGUGCGUCUGGUCGUUUCUAACCACCGUUAGUUGAGUAAAAACGGAAACCUAUGUUUAAAGUUCCCGCAAUUAGUGGUGGUGGCGCCACUAGUGCCACUGGAGCCACCGUGAAAAUGGCGACGCCAACAGCGAAACUUCCCCGAAGGCUGCCUUUGCUUUUGAUCGAUGGAGUUCUUUUUCCAGGAGCUUCGAUACGAAUACCAGUGUCAUCGCACAAGAACAUGAACAUGGUGAAGCAUCAUCUUCUGGGACACAGCACUUUCAGCAGUGCCAUCAUAGGAGUUGUUCCACGAGAAGAGAAUGAUUCGCAUGAGGUAACUAGGGGUAGUCCAUUCUAUUGUCUCCUGAGAUGUUGUCCUUGGAGUCUUGCAGGACUUCUUUAAUCCAAAAUGCAAGUGAAGAAUGUGUUAAUCAAAGGGAAAAAUUUCCAGUGGAAGAGACAUGGUCUAUGCACAACUUGGGGACAGCGGGUAUCGUGGUCCAGGUGACGGGCACUAACUGGCCAAGGCCUUCAUACACUCUUCUAGUGACAGGCCUAUGCCGCUUUCGUAUUGAUGGCCUUGUCCAGGAGUCGCCAUACCUUGUGGGAAAUGUUUCUCAACUUGACAAGUUGCCUGGGGAGACUGGCUCAGUGGACAUGGAUGAUUAUGACACGGAGUUAACUGAGCUGAUGAACCAAUUUCGGGAACAGGCCACAAAAUUGAUAGACAUGCUUGACCUGUCUAUUCCCUCCAUCAUUAGACUAAAGCGUCUGCUAGCCUCUGUUCCUAUUCAGAGCUUGCCAGACAUAUGUGCUGCAAUUGUGAGAGCUACACAUGCAGAGAGACUUCAAGUGCUGGAUGCAGUAGAUUUGGGCGAGCGCUUCAAGAAAACACUUCCCCUGCUGAUUCGGCAAAUUGAAAGUCUUCAAUUCUUGCAUCAAGCGAAGAAAGAUGGCAGCACAUCACGCUCGUUUCACAUUGAAAAGGUCGGAUCACCACAUCGGCCAAGACAACAGCUGGAUAUUGAUGAUGAUGAUUUUGAGGAAGGAGAUGAGGUUGGUUUGUUGGAGAAAAAAAUAAAGGCAGCUGAAAUGCCUGAUCAUGCUAGAAAGGUAGCCACAAAAGAAUUACAGAGGUUGAAGAAGAUGCCACCACAUAUGCCUGAGCAUGCCAUGACAAGAAAUUAUUUGGAGCUGCUCAUUGACUUGCCUUGGUCGCACAGUUCUCCAGAAGUUGUGGACCUUGCAAAAUCCAGGUCUGACUUGGAUGCUGAUCACUAUGGAAUGGAAAAGCUGAAGAAACGUGUUCUCGAAUAUCUGGCUGUGAGGAAGUUGAAGAGCUCUCUCAAAGGCCCCAUCUUAUGCUUUGUGGGCCCUCCUGGUGUUGGAAAGACCAGUGUGGGACGUUCUAUAGCUUGCUCCUUGGGUCGCGAGUUCUACAGGAUAUCAUUGGGUGGAGUGAGUGACCAAGCGGACAUUAGAGGUCACCGCAGGACGUACAUUGGUUCAAUGCCAGGCAGAAUCAUUCAAGGAUUGCGAACUGUUGGUGUCAAAAACCCGGUGUUUCUGCUGGAUGAAAUUGACAAAAUGACCCCAGGCAUCCAUGGCGACCCUGCUGCGGCUUUACUUGAAGUCCUGGAUCCUGAGCAGAACUGUGCCUUCAUUGAUCACUACUUGAACAUCCCUUAUGAUCUUUCAAAUGUUCUAUUUAUUGCCACAGCCAAUACAGUUUCCACAAUUCCAGCAGCUUUGCUGGACAGGAUGGAGGUCAUUCCUGUGCCUGGUUAUACUCAUGAAGAGAAAGAACACAUAGCUCAAAACCAUCUCCUUCCUAAGCAACUGAAAGAGCAUGGUAUCACAACUGAUAUGAUGCAAGUGACGAAUGAAGCACUGAGAAAACUUGUGGUCAAGUACACAAGAGAGGCUGGAGUGCGGACAUUGGAGCGCAAGAUUGGUGCUCUCUGCCGGGCUGUUGCUGUGAAGGUUGUUGAAAAUGAGACCAUCUGUCCUGUGGCUGUCGAGCAAGAUCAGCUGUCCAACCAGAGUGCAGUCACCGUGGCUGUGGCACACCCUCCCUCUCUCCCCAUCGUCAUUGAUGAAAUGGCCAUUGAAGGCAUUCUUGGACCGCCACAGUAUGACCAAGAAAUGGACUCGCGGCUUCUGCAGCCAGGUGUGGCAGUGGGCCUGGCCUGGACUGCAGCUGGGGGUGAGAUUAUGUUUGUGGAGGCAUCGCGCAUGGAAGGCGACGGGCAGCUGGUCCUCACGGGCCAGCUUGGAGAUGUCAUGAAGGAAUCAGCAAAGCUAGCCCUUAACUGGCUACGUAUUCAUGCCGACAAGUUCCACCUGCCUGUGCAAAAGGGCACUGACCUGAUGGAGGGCACAGAUGUACACAUACAUUUUCCAGCUGGUGCUGUUGGCAAAGAUGGACCUUCAGCUGGCGUCACCAUUGUUACUGUGCUGGUGUCGCUUUUCACUGGCCGCACAGUCCUUCCUGAUGUGGCCAUGACAGGCGAAAUUACUCUGCAAGGCUUGGUGCUCCCGGUUGGAGGCAUUAAAGACAAGGUGCUGGCAGCCCAUCGUGCUGGCAUGUGCAAAGUUAUACUGCCUAAGAGAAACAAGAAGGACUUGCAGGAAAUUCCGACAUCUAUCAAAGAGGACCUGUCUUUCAGUUUUGUGACUCACAUUGAAGAAGUUCUCCAGGAGGCUUUUGAAGGUGGCUUUCCUGACCUACCAAGCUCUGUUGAACACGUGUUGAGCAAGCUGUAGCACUCUGUGUGGGACAGUUGGGAGCGCACUCAGUGGUGUGUAUUUCUGCACAGCAGUUAUGACAUCAUACCUUCACUAUGUUAAAAUGCUGGCAGGGGACUGGCCAUUAGUUCACUGUAUAUUUUUUGCAAGAAGUUUCUUAUUUUUUGUACAUAAUGUUAUGUGUAGGUUAGUAACUUACCACACAACUGCUCUGUUUUCCGUGCCUCUGAACCUUGUUCACUCCUAGAGCUUAUUCCAAGCAGCGGUAAGCUGGUCUGAUAUGUUAUUGUUAACUUUCUACGGACACUUCAGAUUGUAUGUUGGAUGCAGGUUUGUGCGAUUUGCUCUGUUGAAUGCAAGUCUGGGAAUUAGUACCCUGUCACUUGUAGCUUUUCUGAAAUUCCAGAACUUGUGGCUGUGAGCCGGUGGCUCUACACAUUGAUAAACAUGUUACGAAAACUGCUCUGUUUUCCUCAUUUCCGUAGUCAAACCUCAUGUAACAAAGUCACGCCCAACAUGAAAAAAUCUUUGUUAUAUCGAAUGUUUAUUGUAAGAUUAUAUUUAUUACACACUGAUAUUGGCAAGAAAAAAUUUUAGGUUUAUUGUUAUGUCCAAUAUUUCGUUAUGUUAGUGUUUGUUACACCAAGAUUCAACUGUAAAACUUAAGUUAAAUGAUAAAUGUGUUUUAUUAGAUUAGUGGUAUUGCAGUAAUGCAAUACCACUAAUACCACUAAUACCAGUAGCGGGAGACAUGAGUAGAACAUUGUGUUUGUGUGCUACCUAGCUUUUAUUUUAAACGGGCCCUGCAAUACUUUUUUUUGUAUGGUAAAUAAGCAAUACCAAAUGCAAGACAUUGCUGUAGUGUAUACCUGAGCAAAAUAUAACUCGCCUGUAUGUAGCAGGGAACAGGCAAUAUCGCUCUGAAGAUUGCUUAUGCUUUUCUGCAACUUCUUCUAAUCUUUGCCAAAAUUCAGUAGCCUUGAUGGCACAGUGGGGAUACACUACAACAAUUGGCUGAAUUUGCGAGUACAUCAUAAGAAAUCAUUACUUUAGCAAAUGCAACGUCAACAAUGCUGUAAUCGGCAAUGCUAUCAUUCUUCAUGUUAGUUAGCUCUGUAAAAAUUAUAAAAGGCAUUUGCAUUGGAAAGGGCAACAGUUUCAGUUCUUCACUUCUAGUCGUCAGCCACUGUUGUCUGCUUGAGUUAUGCCACCUCCUCGAUGGUGCAAGCUAUAGCUUUAUUGACUGCCUAGCUUAAAACAUGCCUGCACGCCCUGGUCCUCUUUACCUAUAAAUUUGCUGCAGGCACUUGGACUCACCUGAAAAUGAUAAUGCAAAGGCGUUAUUGUUGAUUAUUCUAAGUUUGUUGUCUUAAGAUCUGCACUUUGACCACUGCAUCUUGUUCGUGGUUAGUAUGCGAGUUUAGUCAAACGUGCUUGAGCAGCUGUUGUGUUCUAGAUGCAGGCAAAGUUGCCAUGCAGUUAUGAAUGUGUUGACUGCAAAGGUGCUGGAAGUGAUAUGAAAGUUCUAUAUCAUGUGCUGCUCCAGCUAAGCUUGUUAAGCUCCAGCUAAGAUGCUUAGAGCACAUCGGGCUGAUGACGUACCUGUAGCAGUUCACAGGGGCAUAUUUAUUGGGCAACUUCCCCGUCAGUAUACAUUACCCUUUCUCUUAUAUAAGAGAAACUAAUUUACCAUUGAGCUGUGAGGUGUGCUUUAUGCAAGUUUUAUUAAUCAGAUAUGGUCAUUAUUCUAUUGCAUCUAAGGCUUAAGUUUGUCGCUGUCAUAUUUCAGACUAUCAUGCAAUUGGUGAAAUUUCCCCAUUCCAUGAUGUUGAUUAAAAUUAAUUAGAAUUGUGAUUCCUCAAAUUCUCUAGUGAGCAUUACUCAUUCUGGUAAAUGCUACAUUAUUGUUAUCUUCAUUGAGGAGGAUAAUGCUAUCUUUGCUUCAUCUUCAGGGAUCUUGUACAUUCUUCUCUACUUUCUGCUAAUCAAUUGUAGCUGUUGUAGUCUGCAACGGUGAAAUCCAGCUUCUCAUUAAAAAAAAUAUCCGAAAUCCUUAGUCUAGAACUCAUCGUGGGCAGACUUCCCAUAAAGAAAUCAAAGAAAUCAUGCUGAUCCCACACACUGUGGGAAUCGAUGUAAGGGAAGCUUUGGUGAGCUGGCUGCACAAGAGGGCACAUCACAAUAAGCGACGCGCAGCAGAUUUCAGCGACGAAUGCGCUCACAACUAUCUUCAGUCAUGGCAGCAAAACGACACAGCACUGCCACUGACCACAGCAUUUACGGCACCUUUGAACUCCAUAAAGCUUCACUAUAUAUGGCCUUGCAACCACCACCUAGUUUUGUCACACUGAAAUUGUCGAAUUGCAAUUCUUCAUCAUCAUCAUCACCAUCAGCCUGGUUAUGCCCACUGCAGGUCAAAGGCCUCUCCCAUACUUCUCCAACUACCCCGGUCAUGUACUAAUUGUGGCCAUGUUGUCCCUGCAAACUUUUUAAUCUCAUCCGCCCACCUAACUUUCUGCCAUCCCCUGCUACGCUUCCCUUCCCUUGGAAUCCAGUCCAUAACCCUUAAUGAUCAUCGGUUAUCUUCCCUCCUCAUUACAUGUUCUGCCCAUGCCCAUUUCUUUUUCUUGAUUUCAACUAAGGUGUCAUUAACUCACGUUUGUUCCCUCACCCAAUCUGCUCUUUUCUUAUCCCUUAACAUUACACCUAUCAUUCUUCUUUCCAUAGCUCGUUGCGUCGUCCUCAAUUUAUGUAGAACACUUUUCAUAAGCCUCCAGGUUUCUGCCCCAUACGUGAGUACUGUGCCUUUCAGCAAUUCACCAUAUAUGGUUGCAAUUGAAUGAUGGUGUGGCUACAUGGGCUUCUUUCUUAGGCAUAAAGCUUCAGUCUGCAUUGUCAGCUAGCAGAAUGUGUGCUUUAACUUUUAUAAGUAAAUUGUUGCUGUGCAAUGUAACUUGCAUGCCAAGCAUUUCUAAGAACUGGCUCUGUGGAUCCAUGCAUCUGUGGCUUAAUCAGAAGCAUAGGGCUACUAUGCUUGAGGUCCCAGGUUCAAAACCCACCAUUGAACACAAUUUAGUUUUUGUGAGACAGGGGAUGACAACAUGCCAAAUUACGGGGAGGUAGGCAAUGAAAGCUUCGCUUUAAAAGAUCAUGCAGAUCCCGCGCACUUGGGAAUCAGCAAAGUGACACUGUGGCCUGAUGACAUGAUCACUUGCACCCACCAAUUAGUGCCGCACUACGCCCUCUCCCUUCAUGCCAUGACAUUGCAUCUACCAAUGAGCAUGCAUUAUGGCCUCUCAUCCCAGCACUGCUUGCAUCCUCGUCUCUGCAGUCUUAACUACCACCACUUACUACAGCAUCUAAAUCCAUCGGACACACACAGAGAGCUUGACGUUAAAUGUAACCACCACAGUAUUAAAGCCCACCCCACUCCACACAGAAAGCUUCACUUCUUAAAAUAAUGUAGAACAAAAGAAAUAGACUUUUGGUAUAGUUGUAUUGCAGUAGAAUCAUGAAGUCGUAUGAACAUUUGAGGUUGAAAUAUAAAUUUCAUGAUGUCUUGAUAAAAUGCCAGUUCAAACACAUUAGUGCAGGUUUCCGGGCAAAAUUGUGAGAAAUAUGCAAUACAACUAAUAAUAAUGAAAUAAGUACAGGGUGUUGAAGCACAUCUUCAGCUUCUCAAUUUUGUAAAGGUAGUAUAAAAAAAAUUCAUGUUUUCAUAAGGAUGCAUAUUUAUAUUAUUUAUUUAUUUAUUUAAAUAUACCUACAGGCCCCUGGAGGCAUUGUGCAACGGGGGAGAGUAUACUAAAAGAUUAUACAAUAAUUAGAAUACGUAUGUGAAUACAUAUACAAAAAAUACAGUGUAAGAAAUGCGCUAACAUGCUAUAAUGUGGUGUUAAAAAUUGUACAAGACAAACCGAAUGGUUCUAAAACAUAGUUUCCCAAUAUAUGGCAAGGAUGUAUUCAGCAUUUUAUGAGAUAUAAAAAGCUUAUACGCAUAUUGCACAAGAAUUGUUGCAUAAUUCAUCUCUGAUAUUUAUCUAGGAGAAUGUGAUUGCAUUCGAGCAUUACAAUGCAUUGAAUUUUGGUGUGAUUCAUAAGUUCGUAUAUAUGCGUAUUGUAGCUAGAUCUGUGAUGUUUAGAGCAAUUCUGGGGCUCCGUAGAUUAUUCACUGUGCAUGACAGUGAGCACAGGACAGUGUGUGCUAAAGUACUACAUAUAUCUUCCCGAUUUCAAAUUUUGUGUAUCUCUUGCAAGUUUACAUGAUAAAUUACGCCUUCAGUCCUUGUAGUGGUUAUAAAGCCUGAAGGUUAAUUUACAUAAUGGAAUAUUGUGUUUCAUAUGUUGUGAUGCUACCUUAAUGGGACCCAUUAAAACCAUUUUGUGAGCUA